GGAGACAGUGACGCCGCCAUUCAAACUGCGAAGCAUGGCAUGUUGGGAUACCCUUUCCAAACAUGGCGGAUCGGGUAGCUGGCUAUAGUUGACUGAUAGCACAUUGAAGAUUGUUUGAUGAAACACAACGCAAGAUUUCAGCAACCUUUUUUGGUCUUCACGGGGACUGAAGCCACAGGACAGACUCAAGGUAAAAACGUGUUAGAGUUUUGACCGCCGUAAUGAGCUAAAAUGAGCUUGCUAAAUAAGAGGCAGAUAGGUAGAGGACCGCGAGCAUGCUAACUGAGCUAGCGGGGUUUCAUAACAUGAUCAAGUUUUAGGGUUUGUAUGUGGUUCAGCUCGGAGGAGUGAAAAGCAAUAUUACUUUGAAAGGAGAGGUUAAAUAGUCACGGCAAUCUGAAGUGGAGAAAUGUCCAGCUAACGUUAGCUACAGUGGUUUAGUUAUUGACUAGCGGCGCAGGCCCAGCUGUGGUUAUCUAACGUGUCGAUGAACUGGAUCAAACUUUCUUUCUCUCUGCGUCUGUAUGCUCCUACACUUACAUGGUCCUGGCCAUUAUACUCCAGAUAGCCUAACUUUCCUUUAGCUACUGCAAUUUACGACCUGUACUCACAUGUUUGCAUUUGUAUUAGACGAGUUAGCUUUAGCCUCAGCUCGCAGAGGCGCCAAUGCGGACCAGCAGUGCUGGUUUUCCUCCCUACCCCGUACCCUGAUGGUAAUGGAUUGUGCUACUGAGUGAAAACCUUUGUCGUGUACGGAAAGUUCCCUGCACAAAAACAUUUAGUAUACUGUGAGGCUGUCUGAGCAUCAGCAGAGCAAAUGAUUGAUGCAUCCAAGAGUUUUGAUCACAGGAAACUACUUUACCAAGUUGAAUGCUGACUAAAGAUCAUGUUUAAUAACUGUUUAAGUAGAACUGUGUGUACUUUAGACGUGAUGAUACCAUCAGCUGUUCCAAAACAUCUAAUCUGGUUUAGAAAUGAUGUGUUGGAUUGAAGGCUUUAGUGGCUUUCAACGGUGAAGUAAAAUGUACGACGAUAGAUAGAAAAUAUAUCUUUUUUUCUUCUUUUUCCCCCCCACCGAUGCUAUCAUGUCAAGUAGAUUCUGUAUGUGUUCUGUCCUUUCCUGCAUCUGAGUACUGCUAAAAACACUCCUUUAGUUAAGUUCCAUUGGACCAUUUUGAGUGUGUGCACCUGUGUUUGGUGUCACUAACCAGAUUAUUAGUGCAAAUGUAAGUCAUUAUUAUUGUUGGUGGUGGUGUGGGAUUAGCCAUGCUACAGCUCGGAUAUUCUGUAAGGUAGCUAUAGAAAAUAUACAUCUUAUUUUGAUACUGCAGUCUUUGAUGCAAAAGUUAAAAUACAUGUUUUCUUUUCUAGUGUUGAAUACAGGAGCAGCAAAACAGUGACAAUAAGCCAAAAUCAGGGGCAGGGGGAAAAUGGAAUGUGCAGUGCACAUUCCUUCGGGUAAGUGGCAGAUGGGACUCAAAUAAAUCUGUAUUUCCAUUUCUGUUUAAAUUUAAUUAUUUUAUUCAGUUUUCCCACAGUUUAUUUUCAUUAACACUGUUGAGGUUAAACAAAACAUACGAAGUGUGUUAAAACAUAACAGUAUUAAAAAAAACUUGCUAAUAUCCCUUUGAAAUUCAAGUCUUCUGUUGUCUUUUAACUCACAAAACUAGUAUUGAGGUGACAUGUCCAGUGAAUGAUGACAGAGUGAAUGAAAACUACUUUAUCUUGGUGCAUUGAUUCUGCUGUAUACUUGUUCAAUCUGAAAUGCUGGCUGUCCUGUUUAGGUGAGGAUGAGGCACCUGAGAAAGAUGAUAUAAAAGCCAAGGAGGAAAACGAACCACCUCCCAAGAAAAACAAGAAACACAGAAAACAUAAGAGCAAAAAGAAAAAGAGGAAGAAGAAGGGCGAGAAGGAAAGUAGUUCAGAGUCAGGUGCUGAGUCUGAUGCAGAGCCACCACCUCCACCAAGACCUGUCAGGACCACCAGAGCCAGGUAAGAGGGACUGAGAUUCAGCUUGGCAUAGAUUUCUUUUUUCUACAAAAGAGAAAGAAUGAAUGAACAGGAUAUAUUUUAUUUAUUUAUUUAUUUUUCCCAAUGUGUUUCUUCGCUCUUUAAAAGCACUGAAUACUAAGAACCAAUCUGUGUUAUAGACAUAUAUUUCUGUGUCCUUGUAUUUGCAGUGCUAGACUGGCUGCUGCUGCAGGAGGUGGAGAACAUGUUGGGCAGAAGGAUGAGAGCAAAAAGGAUGCAGUUACAGGUAAGAUAUCCCAGAAUAAAAAUAUUCAGAUUUCUUUGAUUAAAAUGGAUUAUGGAGGUGUUUGUGCUGGUGAAUUAAAAAAAAGUGUCUUCCCCUAUCUCAGAUCGCGCAGACACAGAGGUAGAUUCAAAAUCGAAGAAACAUAAACGACACGCUGGAAAGAAGAAGAAGAAAAAGAAGAAGAAGGAUGAAAAACAGGAAAAGAAAUCCCCAUCUCGUUCUCCAUCUGAAAGCAGCUCAGCCUCAGGUUCUGAAUCAGAAAGUGAAGGAGGUAAAGGGGCUGGUGAUAGCAAGUACUCCUCAACUGCAGUAUCUGAUCUGCAAGAGCCAGUGUCCAAAUUGCUUCCAAAAAGCAAACGAGGGGAGGAAAAAGGGGUUUCCAUUCAUACGCAGAAGGCUGAGUUCCUUGUAAUGAAAAAAGAGAUUUCAGACAUAGAUGAAUCUUCAGUUAUAGAAAGAGGUAAUAAUACUAAUGGAUCUGAACAAGAUUUGAGGUUUUCCUCUGAAGGCCAGGAUGAGAUAAAACAUACAGCGACAGUUCAGGUUAAAACAGAAGGAAGUCAUACUGGUGGUACGUUUAGUUAUGCCCAGGAGCUCCCUGACAUCAUCCCCAAGCAGGAAAGUGCUACUCCAAGAGAUGAACAAGCCCUGAAAGAUCAGGGUUUUCAGAGGACAAAAGCCAAGGAACAGGAUUCCCCAAGGUCCCAUUCUCCUUCUCCCACAAGGGUCCCAGAUAUCAAAAGGUCUGCCUCAAGUCAAAGCCGGUCUCCAACCCCUGGUUUCACCAGGCUGCAGGCUGACACUCAAACAGCAGCAGCAUGUGAAGGACGCUCAAGAACCCAUUCCAGGUCAACCUCAAAAGGAAAACUUUCCGCAACUCCUAUCAAAAAUCUUCAGCUAUCCCGCUCUCUUUCUCGCUCUCAGUCCCCUAAACCUAGGAGGAAAUCACUGUCCCGCUCUUCAAAGUCUCCCAAAAGAGCUACCUCUCGAUCACGAUCCUCCUCUCGCUCUAUCACUCCCAGGAAGGUUUCAAAACCCCUAAGGAAGUCCAAGUCCCCUAAACGUCAUGGAAGCUCUAUGUCUGCUUCCCCAAGGCGACGCAGAAGUUCCCCAUCCCCUAAAAAAAAGAUGUCACGAUCCCCUAAACGUGGUGGGCGCAGGUCACCCUCUCUGUCCCGUUCUCCAAGAAGAAGUCGAAGAUCAGAAUCACGCCCUCGAGGAAGUACAAGGCGCUCUAGAACACGCUCACCUCGACGAGGUGGUGCAACUGGCAGACGUUCCCGGUCACGUUCUGUCAACCGAACCCGUCGCUCUUGUUCCAGGUCCAGACGCCCUGUUCGUCGCUCCAGGUCACGCUCACCAGCAAGACGUACUGGAGGCAGGCGCUCCAGAAGUCGAUCCUUGUCUCGGCGUAGGAGGUCCCCUCCCCCAAGAUCCAGGCGCUCACGUUCCCGGUCAUUCCGCAGGAGCAGACGGACACGAUCACGUUCCAUUGUAGUCCUAAAGCGCAACAGGCGCUCUAGAUCCAGGACCCCCCAUAAACGGACCAAAUCCAGGACCCCUCCUUCGAGACGACGGUCUAAAUCACGGUCUCCAGUCAGAAGGCGGUCUAGAUCUCCGCCCAGAAGAAACCGUUCCCCACCAAGGUCUGGCAAGCGGUCCAGAUCUCGCUCAUUGUCACGAAGGCAUAGGUCAAAGUCACACUCACCACUGCCUGGCAAGAAGAGGUCCAAAGCCACAAAAAAGAGUGGAAGAAGGUCAAAGUCUAAAUCAGUCUCCCCAGGCUUGAACAGAUCAAAGUCCAGGUCGAACUCAAGCGAUGGGAGGUCUGACAGCUCCUCUCCAGCCAGAUCCACAUCCUUCUCUCCCAUUAAAAAGGGGAAGUCUGCCUCUCCAAAGGCAGACCAGCCAGCUAGUGGAAAGGCAGGCGGAGAAAGUGGAGGACUUCCAGCUCCAGCAGGUCAGACCAUUGACAUUUUUAUAUGAACUACAAUAUUGUAAUGUUACACUAACCCUUAUAAAGGGGGAAAUGACAAAACCUACUUCUUAUCCCUACAAACUUGAAAUCAGUUCUUUGACUUCUAAAAAAUUUCAGGUUUGUGGAUCAUGAAUUUCAUUUGUUAUUUUAUCCAUACUAUGCAGGUGCAUGGAAACCCAUGACCUCAGUAGCUACCCCCAGUCCCCAGGCGGAGAGCUCCUUAGAGAGGUUGCAGCCCGAGAUGCUUGCUCCCAACCAGGAAGAGGAGCACAGAGAACCUGCCAACUCAUGCAAUGAACAAGGUGUCUCCAGGUCAAGGUCCAGUUCCAGAGAGCCUGAGACUGCCCAGGAUGGGUCCAAUUGUUCAGAGGGCUCAGAUGAGGAAGAAUCUUCAUCUCCAAUUAAAACUGCCUCAAAACGCCAGAGAAGCUCCUCAGGUUCAGCAUCACCAGGAAUGCAGAAGAAACAGCUGUCACCGGUGGAUCGCAGGAAACUUUCACGCUCAACCUCAUCGCCCCGACGAUCAACAUCAAAGUCUACAUCCAGAAAGAAGCUGUCCAGGUAUGUUCUGCGUGUGUAUGUGCCGAUCUUAGGUCAAGAGUUUGUGUUCUGUGGGUCCAAAUUUGUGUUGUAAGAAAGGUUGGCAGCUACCAAAAUAACAGUUAAGAUCAAACAAUGAUUCCUUUUUUCUUCAGGUCAAAGUCUCCAGUCAGAAAAAGAGAGUCCGUAUCUCCAACAGAGAAGAAAAAGCGGCGGUCUAAGUCUCCUGCACGGAGGCAAAGGUCACGCUCUGGUACGAGGCGAAAACGGUCAAGCUCCAAGUCCAGAAUCAAAAACCGGCGGUCCAAGUCGCCUGCCCGCAAGAGGCGAUCCAGAACUCGCUCGCCCAAUGCCCGUGGAAGGAGAAGGUCUAAGUCCACAGACAGAAACAAGCGAUCCAAGAGCCGCUCCACAGGCCGGAGAAAAAGAUCCCGGUCAGGAGACAGAGGCAGACGAUCAAGGUCUCGUUCCACCGAUCGCAGACGCAGGUCCAGGUCCAGGGGAAGAGGAAGACGGCCAGUAUUUCGCAGCCGUUCAUUUGAUAGACGGGACAGGUGGAAAAGGGAACCAAGUCACUCUCCAGUUCUUAUUCUACGCAAACAACGUCGCUCAGGGUCUAGGACGAGACGCAGCACGAGCAAGACUCCUCCUCGGCUCACUGAAUUAGGUGAAACAAUUGAAUAGAGAUAACUCAUCUUAACACAAAGAUGUUGCAUGAAUGAAUCAUCUGUUUUAGAUUUGUUCUGUGAAUUUUCCACAAAUUCUGCCUCAUCUUGCUCUUAUCCUCUCUACCAAUCCUGUUCCCUCUCUGCUACAUCACAACUGACUAGGUCUCUCCUGCAUGGUCUUUUUCUUUCAGACAAGGACCAGUUGUUGGAGAUAGCAAAAGCUAACGCUGCCGCCAUGUGUGCGAAGGCCGGGGUGCCCAUUCCUGAGAGUCUUCGACCCAAAGCAAUCCUCCAGCUCCCUUUGCCUACUCCAUCUCCUACCCCACUCUCCCUACCUCUGCCUUUACCUCUCCCAAUGGGCAUGGGGAUGCCCAACAUGCCCAAUAUGCCCAACAUGGGUCCAAUGGGACUGCCCAAUAUUCCAGGAAUGCCCAGUAUGUCCAAUAUCACCAUGAGUGCUGCGAUGGCGAGUAUGACAGCAGCGACCAUGACGGCUGCCUUGACCAACAUGGGUGCUCUGGCUGCCAUGCCUCCUCUUGCCCCACUUCCCACUAUCACAAACAAGCCUCCCCCUAGCCUUGCUCCCCCAGCACCCACCCUUAACCUGGACCACAUUGAGGAAGUUAAGAGGAAGGUCACUCAGCAAGCUAAUAUACACACAAUUAAGGAACUCACUGAGGUAAAUUUGGGUAUAACUGAGUGAAUGCACAAAUUUUAAAGAAAUACAUAAUUAGAAGUCCCAUAUGAUGGUGUUUUUAGCUGUUUACAACAGGUCCUAGUUGUCUUUUAAACAACAUUUUUAAAUGACUUGCAACAAGUCAGUGAAGCAGUCCAAUAUGAAGCAGUCCAUUACUUGGACUGAAUAGAGAUAUUUGUGUUGGUUUUUGGAAUCAACUCAGCAGUGGCUUGUCUGUUUCUAACCUUUGACAUAUAGACUCUGCCACACCAAAUCAAAACCAUAACACUUGAAUGCCUUAGUGAAUCACUUUUGCUGUUAUGUCACCGCAGAAACACAGUGAAAGACAAUUUUUCUGUAGUCCUCCUGCUAAAAACACUAAAUUUUUUUUCCUUCAAAGUGGAGGAUGACAAAAAUGCGGGUAUAGGCAAGGAAAAACAUGUAUUUCAUUAUAUGGGACCUUUAAUCAAAGAGUAUUUUCAUGUCGUUUAUGUUCACUACUAUGCCAACAUAAAGUAAUUUUGUUUUUGAUUGUCUUUUUGCAGAAGUGCAAGAUGAUCGCAAAUAGCAAGGAGGAGAUGGCUGUCGCUAGACCCCAUGUCUCCGAUGAUGAAAGUUAAACCUUGAGGCUGUCACGGUAAUUACUGAUUUCAGUCUGCAUUUGUUGUACAUGAAUGUGUUGAGUUUUAAUUUUAAUCUUGGAGAGGGUAGGACAGUAGCUGGAGCAGGAGGCUGGGUGAAAGAGUGAGGUGUGACAUUCAGGACUGGUGUCUCAUUUUCCCUCAUAUUUUAAUAAUGCUUUAUUAAUUUAACCUUUCUGUGAUGUGGACUUGGUAUUUUUUUUUGAACCAUAGAUAUCCCUCCUCUUCCUUUUGCCUAGCGUUCCCAUUGUCACCCUCUCUUUUGAGGAUCCAUUCCCCUUCCCUAUGUCCGUCAUCAUUUAUAAUCAAGAUUAAUUGAGCCAUUUAUCAGCGACUUGUUAAAACACAAUCAAACCAUUCAUUGUUUGAGAUGGUUUUUCCACUCCAAUUUUCUCAUACAUUUUCAUCUGUUUAAUGACCCACACCAACCAUUCAGCCUGCUGCUCAUUUUAUAAGAUAGCAGACACGAAGAUUUGAACAGAAAUUUUGAAAGCCCUGGUAGUUCUCUAGUCCCACGUUAUUGCAUGUUCUCAUUGUUAACUUUAUGAUUAUUGAAUUCGUCAUGUACAAAGACGACUUAUUUGACAUUAAGAUAAGCCAGAUCAAUUAACUCUAAAUCUCUCUAAAAUUUAUCAAGAGUCUCUACCUUAAAAACGCUGCAUGCAUUUAAAAUUUCUGUGUGGAGUGUUUUGCAGGUACUGGUACAGACUAAUAAUGCUUUGACUUCUUAAUGAGCUACACAUGCAAAUAAGACAGUGCUGGAGUGCGUGCAUAUGUAGAUGAAGGCCAAUAAAAAGUUUAUACCAUAAAUAGUUUACACCAUCAUGAAGGUUUGAGGGUCUCACCCAGAAAACUUUUAGCACCUAACAUUUCCCUCUCUCCAGUCUUUUAACUUUUUAUGCACCAAAUUUUGCAUUUAUUUAAGACAUGCAGCUCUGCAGAAAUGUUUGAGCUGUCGCAGUACAUAAGAAGCCCAUUCAAAUUCAUAUGUAGCUUUUUAUGAUAUGUCUAGACAGCUAACUGAGAUCACUUGGAGUAGCAGACAUUGUUCUGAUUAUAAAAUUAAAAAAUGCUGACUUUUAAAAAGUAUCAGCCCUUCUCUGAAUCAUGGUCAUCUCAUUCUUUUUCAUGUACUCAAAUUAGUCUGCUCCUCUUAUGAUGAUCUUCAUCAGUAUAAUAUUUUAUCUGCAACACGACUCCUGUUUUCAGACGUUUCACCUGUGACUCUGUUAUCAGGUGAGCCUCAUGUCAGGAGAGUUGUUGAUUGUGAUAUGGUAAAACAUUCAGAGUGAUAUCAAAAAUGAGACAUUGCUGUGCCAACAGUGCCUGUCAUGAGAAAAAACAGUGGGAAUACAGACUCUAGUCCUCAAUGUAUGCUAGCGGCACAGACAGAGGACACACUAGUUUGUUGAUCAAACCAUCAUGACGGUGACUGUGAAUAGCAAUUAAAAUGUGCCACGGUCAGCAAAUGUAGAUGGGGCUCCUUAAGCAAGUAGUGUAUAUGUGUGGGAAACAUUGGAGACCAAAAUCUGUAAGAUACACCAUUUCUGUUUUUCUGUUUUAAAUGCUUGAAAGGGCAGCAGUAAUGAUAUUUCAGUAGAAAAUUCAACUCACACAAUUUUGAAAGCCUUGGUGGUUAAUUAAAAAGUCUGGAGGUACUGGUUUGUCCGUGGGGUGUGUUUACUCAACAUAGACCCAAAGUCCUUACUGAACCUUGAAAACAAAUAGCCAAUACUCUACCCAGUGCUCAUUUAAAAAAUGCUAUAACAAAUGUUGACAUUGUCUUCUUCUCUGAUCACAGCCACUCCGCUCAAAGGACUGAAGGAAAACUGUCGAACUGAAGGACAUGCCUGGAAGAGUUCUCUUUGGCAGCCAGAUGACCUGACUGAGCCACAAAAACCGCCAAGAAGUUCACCCUCGUUGUCACAUUUAUGAUAUAGGCGCACCUGUACCAGCCACUGCCCCUCCCCUCUCUCCUGUUUGCUUGUGUGUAUGAGAGAGAGAGAGAGAGAGAGACGGUCACCUGUGAAACCACUGACAAGACUGGACACACUGACAUGUGUUGUCUAACUGUACGUCAUGUAUAGUAAGUGUAAGUGUGUGUGAAUGCUGAACAAGUGCGUGUAUGCGUGUCUAUAUAGUGACUCUCACCUGAAACUCCUCAGUGUUGCUGCUCAUUUAAGCAGUCGCUGUUGUGAUGAUUGAAGAGGAAACAAACCAAACUAACAAGUGGCGCAAGUGUUUUUGUAAAAAGAAAAAAAAAAGUUUCUCUAGAUUUGUUUUCAUUUUAUUCUUUCUGGAAAGACUGUGUGAGCUGGAGACCUCCUCCCUGUUCUGCGGUGUCCCCUUAGUUAUCUCCAGUCUCUGGUUUUAUAUACAAUUAAUGCCGAUAAAGUUUUCCUAGAUCCUCACAUGUGUUUGUUCCCUCAACUACCCUGGAUGUUUAAAGAAAGAUAGUGACUACAAGUUGUGGAUCCUGGGACAGAGUGAGCAAUUGGAUUUUUCUGCAGGGGGAGAAAAACUGAAUAAUAUUGGCUGUUGUAACUUUGAUUCCCAAACAUCAAUCACUCUGUAAGUGCUGCCCUGGGUGUGAUUUUUGUUUUCUCUACUUGAUGGCACCAAGUGGGGAAUUAUCCUUGACUCUUAACAGGUCUUUUCGUUUGGGUGUUUUUAAGAUUUUCUUUUUCCAAAUUGGAAACGUGUUUGCUGUAGAGUGAAAUGCUACAGUUUGAACAUUUCCAUCCUAACUGCUGCUGUGGUUUGUGUUCUGCGAAAAACAAAAAUCUUAAUGUUUGAUAAUUAGAAUUAAAGAUGCAGAAAAGUUGAAAAGAAAGUUCUUGCUGGUUAUUUACAUGGUAGUGUUUUAAGAGACAUUUGAAGGGUUGGUUUUUAUCUAGUUUCUGGGGGGAACUUUUGAUGCCUUUUUUUUUUUUUUUUCAGAUAUUCAGUUUGACAGCAAAACAGAACCUGUCAUAACCAAAUUGACUGGACCUCCAACCAGCAGACUUGAGCUGUAAUAUAUUUUUUCCUGCUAAGACGGACAAAGACAAAAAUCUAACUUGCUGUAAACAUCAAAUUUUGAAUGGAGGAAUUGAACUUUGUGUGACUGAACAAGCAGUUUUUUUUUAAACCACUUACCUUUUGUUUUUCUUUUGCUGUUGUUUGGAUUAAAAUAUACAUUUUAUCUCAUGUUGUUUUUUUUUUUUAAAUUCAUAUUAAAAGGGGCACGUAUGCGGUACACCAGUUAGCUGGUGGUGACCCGUUCUGGUUGGACCUUCUGUAGACAGGUUUGUGUUUUAUUCAACUGUGCCAUUAAUAUUUUUGUGUGUAAGACAAUCAGGAUCUUUGUUCGGAGGAAAGGAGAACUUCGAUAACGCAGCAUCAUGUUCAGGAAAGAUACUGAUUGAGGGAAGCUAACAAAGCAAAAACCCAACAACUCCUCUAAUCUAAUGAGAGAUUUCAAACACUCUCAAUUGUGAAAGUCACCCUGACCAGUCAUGGGUUUUCCCUGUCUUGGUGAAAGGAGAAUGUGUUUGGUAAACAUUUGUCCCGGCGGGCAACAUAAAAAAAAAGAUGAAAAUGGGGCUUUUGGGGAAACUAGCACCGUUGAGUUAACUUCUUGAUCAAUCCCUCUUUGUCAGUGUGCCACACCCAGGGCUGUCAAACUUGAACUACUGACUCUGUACCAAAAGUUUUCAACUGUUAACUCCCCUGAGACGGUCUUCAGCUGUUUUAAUGGCAGAGAAACAAGUCAAAGAAAUGCAUUUUAGGGUCCCUUUUGGUCAUUUGGGUAUAAAUUUGCUUGCUUUGUACAUAAAUGUGUUGAUGAUUAUUAAAACCUCAAUGAUCUGUAA